AUGCCAAACAGAAGCUCGGAGUGCCCCUGGCACAGCCCGGAGAACCAGACUGAGCCGCGCGUAACGGACCACCAGGCCAGAGCCGAACACCUUUUCCAUUUCAUCAUCCCGUAUGAACCGACAGUACCGGCGCUCAUAUGCCUCUUUGUUGUUCUGACUGUUUUUUCUUUGUUAGCGAACGUGGUUACUGUGUACAUCAUCCAGCGGUCCGACGACCUGUCCUGGCAGCCGCGCUUCGUUUUCUGCAAGAACCUGAUCCUGAGCGACCUGCUGCAGACCGUCACCUUUGCCCCGCCGGUCAUCUACUCGCUCGCCGAACACCAGACGAUGGCGUUCAGCGGUUGGUGUUACAUUCAGUACGUGGUUGGGGGAGCCAGCAUCUUCUCCAGUCUCACCACCAUCACCUGCAUGGCACUGGAGCGCUACCUGUUCGUGUGCUUUGCGCUCCAAUACACGGUGAUGGUCACUCAGGAGCGCAUCAGGACGGUCGUGAUCCUCGUCUGGGUCUACUCUAUUUCCUACGGGUUGCUCAGCUUGGGUUUGGUGCUGUACGAAGGGAGGCAAGAGGACGACGCUCAUGUCACCAUGGGGCUGCUGUGCGAGCCGGACAUCAUUGAGCAGCAUAUGGGAUCCCCCCGAGCUCCUGCCAUCUUCAGAAAAGUCAUGGGUUCCCUCACGCUCUUGCUCUGCUUGCUGGUCCACGCCUUCUCCUACUUCAAGAUGUAUCGCAACGCCAGCAACGCCGUGGUGCCGUUCAACGAGAGCAACACGGCGGCGCGCAGGACCGUGCUGUUCUACUGCGGGAUGCUGUUCCUGCAGCUGCUGCCGCUGCUCGUUAAGGUCGCCUCGGACGCCCUGUGGGAGUUCCGGGGCACCGGCGCGAUCGAGCUGUCCUCUGGGUCGCGGGGCCACUGCGAACACGGACCCUCAGCGACCGCGGCGGUGUUCCACUUGGCCCUGCUCGCACUGGUUUUAGUGCCGCCGUGCGUCAACCCACUGGUGUACGGGCUGAGGAGCGUGGAGCUCAGGACGGCGCUGACCAAGCUGCUCCCCUGGCGCACGAGGAACAGAGGCGACGAGGGGCGGCCGCGGGAGAUUGUGUGGCUCAGGAAUAUUGUGCAUCCGGGCCAUCCUGAGGCGGGUUAG